AUGGGUUUUUCAGUAGUGCAGAAUCUGGAUUUCGCUGCCAAUCGUAAACUCGUAAUCGGAGGCGCUUUGUGGCAUUGCUUGCCGUCGUUUUCGUUUCGAAGCAGUGUCGACAGUGCCAAUAUAGUUAUUGGUUCCACUUCCCUCGCUCAGAGUUCGUCUCUUACAAUUCCAUCCUGCCCACCAUAUCCUGAGAUGGCUAAAAAAAGUGAAAUGAUGGGCAGUGCCGUCUGA